AUGAAGUCAAUCUUUUUGACCACAGCACUCCUCGCAGCGUCCGCGACUGCGCUCGAGAUGACCAACAAGGAGCGCAACGAGCUCCUCCAAGAACUCGACGCGUGGAAGAAGAGCCAGGCUGGCAAGACCGCGAACAUCCAGCUCCAGCUCACGCCGGCGCAGCGCGAGGCCAGCGGAAAGGACUGGACGACAAGCAAGUGUAUGCCGGCCAUCAAGAACCAAGGCAACUGCGGAUCAUGCUGGUCGUUUGCAGCCGUCGGUGCGGCCGAGAUGACGCACUGCCUCGUCAUGGGUCAGCUCAUCGAUCUCUCGGAGCAGCAGCUCGUGAGCUGCGCGUCGAGCGCGGGUAAGGGCUGCCAAGGCGGCUGGCCCAACAAGGCGCUGCAGUACAUUGCGCAGACCGGCGUGUGCUCGGCGUCCGAGUACCCGUACACGGCGAGCGACAGCCAAUGCAAACAGAGCUGCAAGAGGAACAAGCUCAGCGUCGGUGCGCCCGGCGACAUUCAAGGCGAGAGCGCGCUGCAGUCGGCGCUCGACAAGCAACCGGUGACGGUCGUCGUCGAGGCCAGCAACGACGUGUGGCGCAACUACAAGAGCGGCAUUGUCAAGUCGUGUCCUGGCGCGCAGUCGGACCACGCGCGACUUUUUAAGAUCCGCAACUCGUGGGGCACCAGCUGGGGCGAGCAAGGCUACAUGCGCCUCAAGAAGGGCGCCGGCGGCAAGGGCAUGUGCAACGUGGCCGAGGCGCCGUCGUACCCGUCGCUGAGCGGCAAGCCGCAGCCGGACGACCCGAGCGACAACCCGAGCGACGAGCCGAGCGAUGAGCCGAGUGACGACCCGUGGAACAACGACGAUGACAACGGCUGGCGGGUCUAA